AUCCACGUACCGAACCGGACCGCUGCAAUCCUACGCCAAGUUCUUCUUCUUCUUCAAGCUUGGAUUUUCCAUUGUUUUCCAGUUUCUGCAACUCUCUCUCUCUGAAAAACCUCGCAGCUAAAAUUACUCAACUUUAUCUUUCUAUGUCUCGACCGUUGAUUUGAAUCGGUUGGGAUGAACAUCAAUUGGAUUUGGGGGCGUCUAAUCAGAGCUAAUGCCGUGACAAAUUCACUAGGUUUGAUAGGGACGAGAUUCGAAUUUUAAUGUUGUUUUCAUGCAAUUCCUGGGCUUACAAUGAUUUGGAUGAGAAAUCUCACCUGUGAUUAGUGAGAGAAUUCGCUUAAGCUGAAACUUGAAAGUCAUGAAGCCGCAUUAGGAGCUGUUUGAUGAUUUGAGCCUGGAGAUUGGCACCAAAAUCCCCUAAUUAGCCUCUCUAUGGUUUUCCUUUAGCCAUCUAUUCAUUUACCACCCACUGUUUUUUUGCUACCAAAUUUGGUCAUAACAUGAAGCAAAAUUGUCCCGCAUCAAUGUUCCAUUGGAAAGAUCAUUUUUUUCCCCAGCAACAUAGCCACUAAGACUUAAUUGUUGGACUUGGCUUGUUUCUUGGUAUUAGCAUUUUUUUUCUUGGAGGAAGACAGUAUCAGAUAUCCAUUCCUGUAUAUGCUGAGCUUUUAGCUAAUGGGAAAUUGCAGAUUGCAGACCUGUGAUGGAUAUACAGCUAGUUUGAAUCUGUUCUGGAAGGUCAAUGGAAAGCACAUCGAAUCAAUCAUUUGAUUCGGAUGAAAGCGAAAGGUGCUUGCAAAUCGAAAGUUAUGAUGAACAUGUACUGGUUGACGAUGAAAUCUCAAAAGAUAUUGAUUUAUGUACAGAUGGAAUUCAUACAACUGUUGAACAGUCUAAUGAAAGCUUGUCCGUAACGGGCAAUGCUGUAGAGCCAUAUAUGGGCAUGGAGUUCAAAUCAAGGGAAGAUGCUCGAGAAUUUUAUAUUGUUUAUGGAAGGCACACUGGAUUUACAGUACGCAUUCACCAUAACAGGCGUUCGCGAAUAAAUAACAUGGUUAUAGGUCAAGAUUUUGUUUGUUCAAAAGAAGGUUUCCGCGAGAAGAAAUAUGUGUGUAGGAAAGAUAGAGUUCUGCCUCCACCACCUAUAACUAGAGAAGGCUGUCCUGCUAUGCUGAGGGUAGCUCUAAGAGAUGGAGAAAAGUGGGUCGUCACCAAAUUCAUAAAAGAGCAUAAUCACACCUUAAUGUCCCCAAGUAAAGUACCGUUGCGAAGAUCUGGGAAAAGUUUGAUCAGUGAGGAUGAGAAGGAUCGGAGAAUCCGUGAGUUGACGAUAGAACUGAGUAAUGAAAGACAGCGAUGUAAACGUCGAUGUGCAGCUUACGAGGAACAAUUACGUUUGAUCUUGAAAGAUAUAGAGCAGCAUACUGAUCACUUGUCUAAAAGAGUUCAAGAUAUUGUUAAAAACAUAAAAGAACUUGAGAAUGAAGAUUCAGACCCUUGAUUUUCUUUAUCCAUUUCUUUACUUUAUAUACUUGAUGCAUCCACAAUC